AUGAUAGGAAGCGCGCUCAGGGUUAGGGUUGGCGAACGGACCCGCGAUUUUUUGGACGGGACUGUGGUUUGGACGACGUCCGCCCGCCGCGCCGAUUCCCGCGAUACCUUCGGGACCCAUUCUGACGAAGCGAACUGGUUGCAGCAGCUCUCCCCCCAAACAUCCACCACACCACCACAAUGUUUGGGGCUUUCAAAUUCACAAACCCCCCUCUCCGGAGGUCUUCUCUGGAAGAUCCCAUGGCGCAUGUCCAAGUUCCAGAAGCUCAGGCAGCGCCGCCGCUUGAGGGCCGUGGACAGCGUUGUCGACACCAUUGAGAACGCCCUCGCCAAAAAGGGAGAGACUGUCAAGGCGGUGCAACGCUGGAGGGCUGAGAUGCCCACCGAGGCCGAGAUGCUGCCCAAGGACAAGUACACCGUCUUCGCCCGUAACGAGAAGAGGUAUCGCAAGGGCAUUCACAAGGUUCCCAAGUGGACCCGUGUCUCCCAGAGAGUCAACCCUCCUGGUUACUAA